AUGAUCAUCAAGCAUACGGCAGGGCGGAUCUCAGCACGGACACAAAAGACUCACAGAGUGCUUAGUCGCGUAGGUUGUGUGCUGUUGUUCAAUACAGAGGGAGGUGAAAAUCUGGCGCGACGGUCGGUGCUUGUGAGAAAAAACGGCUAUGCCAAGAAUGUUGAAGCGGUGCGUCGAACAGAGAUCAAGAUCGGCACCACUCGGCAGCCAGCGCGCGAGGCAUAUCCACUGAAGAUGUACGCACUCCGACGCUCGAUCGCACGCCCGGCUACGCUCCGUGUUGCUCACUUUUCGAGCACACCACUCGCGCGCGAGUCGGUCAUCGACAAGGCAAAAGCCGCUGCUGACAAGGUCAACAAGAGCGUAGGUCAGGCUGCUGCAGCCGGCUUGGACAAGGUCUCCGGCGAGAGCAAUGCCGAGGGCGCAAAGGCGAAUGCCAAGUCUGCCGGUAGCACGAUCUCCGAUGCUGCCAGCGAUGUGACGAGCCAGGCCAAGGCGGAAGCCAAGAAGGUCGGCGCCGAUGCUCAAAAGAUGAAGGAAGACGCUCAGCGCAAGAUGUCCUGA